AUGGAUUAAUUUGAGAUCUUAACUCUUAUUGGAGAGGGGACAUACGGUCAAGUUUUUAAGGCAAAGUCAAGAAUAAAUGGAAAGAUUGUUGCUAUUAAAAAGUUUAAAGAAUCAGAUGAAGAUGAUGAGCAUGUAUACAAUAAAUUUUUAACAAAUCUAGUAUUCGAGUAUGUUGAGAAAACUGUACUUGAGGAAUUAGAGCUCUAAAUUGAUGGCAUGAGCAUGCAAAAAGUUAAAGAGAUUAUAUUUUAGCUCCUAAAUGCACUAGAAUUCUUGCAUUCCCACAAAAUUAUCCACAGAGACAUUAAGCCUGAGAAUCUACUUCUUGACUAGUAUGGUGUCCUUAAAGUCUGUGAUUUUGGAUUUGCUAGACCUUUGAUGAACAACAGCAAUGCUAUGUAUACAGAAUAUGUUUCCACCAGGUGGUAUAGAGCUCCCGAACUUUUAGUUGGAGAUGGAAAUUACGACAAUAAGGUAGACAUUUGGGCACUAGGGUGUAUUAUGGCAGAACUCAUUACUGCAGUACCAUUGUUUCCUGGGGACUCUGAUAUUCAUACACUUAAGCUGAUCUUGGAAACAUUGAUGAGUCCUUUGACUUAAAAAUAGAUAUAGGCAUUUAUCCAGAAUCCUUAACUUCCAACUUCAGAAAACGGGCAACACAAAUUGAAUGAAAAUAUGGCUGGUGUUGAUGAAUAAAUCAUUGAUUUUUUACUAUAGUGUCUUAAGAUUGAUCCAUCAGAGAGAAUGAAUACUACUUAAUUAAUGAGUCAUCCAAUUUUCGAUGAAGAUUUCAAAAGUUAAUUAAAGGAGAAAUUGCAAGAACAUUAGAACAAUUAUUCCAAAAAUCAAUCUUAGAAUAUUGUAUUUGAUGAAGAAAAUAUCUAUGAGCAAGAAAUAGAUAAAAAAAUUUAACUAAGAUAGAGCUAUGCUAGAUAAAAAGUGGAAACCUAAAACUCUUUUAGAUAAGCUUCAUUUGAAUACCCUUUAAAUGAAGAAAUUUAAGAGGAGGACCAAAGUGAUGCAACAAAUGAGCAUUCAAGGACAUAGUCUAUUGUAUGUGAUAUGGAGCAGCAUAGAAAGAAGAAUUCGUAAAGCUUGAUUGAUAACGAGUAUAAUGAUAAAUCAUUUGAAGUUAUGAAUGAGAAUCAAAGUAGAAAUGUGAGCAAGUACCAAAUUAAUCCAAUAUUCUAGAAUAAAAAAUCUACAAACAGUUAAAGCAUAAAAAAUGAAAAUCUUAAUAGAAAUAGCUCACAAGACUACUUUUUGAAUAACUCCGCCCUUGGUGGAGUCAAGAAAAUAAAUAUAACUUUUGCAAAUUAUUUGGAUAAUCAGAAGGACUAACCUUCUUCUCCAAAAAUUAAAAUUCUUCCGUAAAAUGAUAGGAAAAAUAGCAAAUAAAGUGGUGGUGGUGGUGGUCAUAACACCUUCUUGAGAAAACCAUCUUCUUUUAUGAAUCAAACAGCAAGAGAUAUAACACCUGUGAGAAUCUAGCAAUAGAAGCAUGAGUUAGUAAAUAAACCAACUUUAAUAAUGAAAGGAGCUUCGAGUUUAGAGAAAAUUGAUAUCAUUCAAAAUUUUGAAUCACAAGCUUAAACUAGACUACCUACUAUGAAACUUAUGGAAUUGAAAAAUCCAGAGAGCAAGAUUACAUUCUAGCAAAUGAAUCAUAAGCCAAGCUAUGCUUAAAGCAAUUUCUAAUCUCCGGUUAAAAUGCUUGCUUUUCCAAAGUUAAUAGAUCAAAUAAAAGACUCAGAGAGCCAGAAAUCGUUUAUAAACUUUUAGAUCCCAGAGUAAUAUAAAUAUAAAUCGAAUUUCGAUCAUAAUCAAAGCAUGAUAAUCACUGGAAAUGACAGUAUAUUACAAUUAAGAUAAAAUAUUCCAGAAAAUUCUAAGAGCAAGUAUUAAAAGCAUAGCAAUACUCUAAUUAAUAAGUAGCCUACUGCAGCUUCUAACUAUGAGAUGGAUUAAUUUCCUCGCAGAAGCAUUACAAACAGGCUAAAGAAUAUUCAAGCUCUACAGAAUAAGAAGAAAAUGCGAGUAUUUAAUAACUUGUCAAACGAUAGAAGCAAUAUAACGGUUUUGCCUUAGAUAUAUGGAGCUUAAGAUAAUUCUCAUCUAAGCAAUUCUAACAUUAGGAUUAUUGAUAUAUAAUAGAAUGUGAUUAAUCAUGGCAGCAUGGUGCUACCUAGAAAGAAUGACCAUUCGGCUAGGAAGUUUAUGAUAAUUAAGGCUUUCACUAUCAUCAUAAAUCACCACUUAUCUAAGAGAGGGGAAAUAGGUAAGUUAUAGAUAGGAAUUUAAUAUAAUUAAAAAAGAUAUCAACCAGCAAAGGGCGGCGGAGGAUCACUCAAGUUUAACGUUAUAAAUAAUCUACAGCAUUAUCUUUGA